GCAGUUGCCUUAUGCGGGGCAGGGCGGGCGGGCAGUGAGGAGGCGGCGGAGGCCGGCCCGCUGCCCAGGCACUAUGCAGAAGAACGUGCGCUACAACGAGGGGCAUGCCCUGCACCUGGCCCUGCUGGCCCGCAAGGAGGGCACCAAGCGCGGCUACCUGAGCAAGAAGACGGCGGAGACCAGCCGCUGGCACGAGAAGUGGUUCGCGCUCUACCAGAACGUGCUCUUCUACUUCGAGAGCGAGCAGAGCGCCCGGCCCGCCGGCAUGUACAUGCUGGAGGGCUGCAGCUGCGAGCGGGCGCCGGCCCCCAAGGGCGCCUCCGCCGGCAGCGCCAAGGACACCGCGCUAGACAAGCAGUACUUCUUUACUGUUGUCUUUGGGCAUGAGGGGCAGAAGCCACUGGAGCUCCGUUGUGAGGAAGAAAGUGAUGGAGAUGAAUGGGUAGAAGCUAUCCACCAGGCUAGUUACUCAGACAUUCUGAUUGAGAGAGAGGUCUUAAUGCAGAAGUACAUUCAUCUAGUUCAAAUUGUAGAGACAGAAAAGAUUGCAGCCAAUCAGCUUCGACAUCAACUUGAAGAUCAAGACACAGAAAUUGAAAGACUAAAAUCUGAGAUUGUAGCUCUCAAUAAAACUAAGGAACGAAUGCGACCUUAUCAAGGCAACCAGGAAGAUGAGGAUCCAGAUAUAAAAAAAAUUAAAAAGGUUCAGAGCUUUAUGCGAGGCUGGUUGUGCAGAAGAAAAUGGAAGACAAUUGUCCAAGAUUAUAUUUGUUCUCCGCAUGCAGAAAGCAUGAGAAAGAGAAACCAAAUAGUUUUUAACAUGGUCGAGGCUGAAUCUGAAUAUGUGCAUCAUCUUUACGUUCUUGUAAACUGUUUUCUCAGGCCUUUAAGAAUGGCUGCAAGUUCAAAGAAACCACCUAUUAGUCAUGAUGAUGUUAGUAGCAUUUUCCUCAACAGUGAAACUAUAAUGUUUCUUCAUGAAAUAUUUCAUCAAGGAUUAAAAGCAAGAAUAGCUAAUUGGCCUACUUUAAUUUUAGCUGACUUAUUUGAUAUUUUGCUGCCAAUGCUGAACAUUUAUCAAGAAUUUGUUCGGAAUCAUCAGUACAGUCUACAAGUACUGGCAAACUGUAAGCAAAACAGAGAUUUUGACAAACUCUUGAAGCAAUAUGAAGCUAACCCAGCAUGUGAGGGGAGAAUGCUGGAAACAUUCCUUACUUACCCUAUGUUUCAGAUUCCUAGAUAUAUUAUAACUCUUCAUGAACUUCUGGCUCACACACCCCAUGAACACGUGGAAAGAAAGAGCCUUGAAUUUGCUAAAUCUAAACUAGAAGAACUUUCAAGGGUGAUGCAUGAUGAAGUGAGUGACACAGAAAAUAUCCGGAAAAAUUUAGCCAUAGAAAGAAUGAUAGUAGAAGGUUGUGACAUAUUACUAGAUACCAGCCAAACUUUUAUACGUCAAGGUUCUCUUAUUCAAGUCCCUUCAGUUGAGAGGGGGAAACUUAGUAAAGUUCGCCUGGGAUCAUUGUCUUUGAAAAAAGAAGGAGAAAGACAAUGCUUCUUAUUUACAAAACACUUUUUAAUUUGUACAAGAAGUUCAGGAGGAAAACUGCAUCUGCUUAAGACAGGGGGUGUUCUCUCUUUAAUAGAGUGCACGCUGAUUGAGGAGCCAGAUGUGAGUGAUGAUGAUUCAAAAGGUUCUGGGCAAGUGUUUGGUCACCUUGAUUUCAAGAUUGUGGUUGAACCUACUGAUGCUCCUCCUUAUACUGUGGUACUGUUAGCUCCUUCGCGACAGGAAAAAGCUGCGUGGACAAGUGAUAUAAGUCAGUGUGUUGACAAUAUAAGAUGCAAUGGUUUAAUGACCAUAGUGUUUGAAGAAAACUCUAAAGUCACUGUGCCACAUAUGAUCAAAUCUGAUGCUCGUCUUCAUAGAGAUGACAUUGAUAUCUGCUUCAGCAAAACAUUAAAUUCCUGCAAAGUGCCCCAAAUUCGUUAUGCAAGUGUGGAACGCCUCUUGGAGAGAUUAACAGACUUGCGCUUUCUUAGUAUUGAUUUUCUUAAUACUUUCCUGCAUACUUACCGCAUAUUUACUACUGCAACUGUUGUACUGGAGAAACUCUCAGAUAUAUACAAAAGGCCUUUCACUUCCAUUCCAGUCAGGUCUUUGGAAUUGUUUUUUGCUACCAGUCAAAACAACAGAGGAGAACACCUGGCUGAUGGGAAGUCACCACAUCUUUGUCGCAAAUUCUCAUCUCCUCCCCCACUGUCACUCUCUAGAACUUCCUCACCUGUCAAAACCAGAAAACUCUCAUUGACUAAUUCACCACUGAACUCAAGAAUAGGGGCUUUAGAUCUCUCUACUUCCUCUGUUGCCAGCACUCCUACCUCAACUUACAGCCCAGCCACAUCCCCACCACCCACUGCUAGCAAAGUACCACUGGACCUCAGCAAGGGCCCCUCCUCCCCCGAACAAAGUCCUGGAUCCAUAGAAGAGAAUUUAGAGAAUCCUCGCAUUGAUCUGUGUAACAAACUAAGAAGAAGCAUUAGAAGAGCAGCAGUUCUAGAAUCUGUGUCAGUGGACAGGACAAUUCCUGAAAGCACCUCGACUGUUGAGACACCUGAGCUUUCCCCAUGUCGAUCCCCCUCAACUCCACGACAUCUCCGCUACCGUCAGCCAGGAGUACAAACUGCUGACAACAGCCACUGUUCUGUUUCUCCUGCUUCUGCAUUUGCUAUUGCUACAGCUGCAGCAGGGCAUGGAAGUCCACCAGGAUUUAACAACUCUGAACGAAUGUGUGACAAAGAGUUCAUAAUACGCAGAGCAGCCACUAAUCGUGUCCUGAAUGUCCUGCGGCACUGGGUCUCCAAACAUUCUCAGGAUUUUGAACUAAACAAUGAGAUGAAAAUGAAUGUUCUAAAUUUGCUGGAAGAAGUUUUGAGAGAUCCAGACCUUCUACCACAAGAAAGAAAAGCCACAGCAAACAUACUGAGGGCUCUUUCUCAGGAUGAUCAAGAUGAUACCCACUUAAAAAUAGAGGAUAUAAUUCAAAUGUCAGAAUGUCCAAAACCAGAGUGCUUUGAAACUUUGUCAGCCAUGGAGCUUGCAGAGCAAAUAACUCUCUUAGAUCACAUAGUUUUCAGAAGCAUACCCUAUGAAGAAUUUCUUGGGCAAGGCUGGAUGAAAUUGGAUAAAAAUGAAAGAACUCCAUACAUUAUGAAAACCAGCCAACAUUUUAAUGAUAUGAGUAACCUUGUUGCCUCGCAAAUUAUGAACUAUGCUGAUGUCGGUUCCCGUGCUAACUCAAUUGAGAAGUGGGUAGCAGUGGCAGAUAUUUGUCGGUGUAUGCACAACUACAAUGGUAUGUUAGAAAUUACAUCAGCCUUCAACAGAAGUGCAAUCUACAGACUGAAGAAAACCUGGGCUAAAGUUUCUAAACAGACAAAAGCUCUCAUGGACAAACUUCAGAAGACUGUGUCAUCUGAGGGAAGAUUUAAAAACCUUAGAGAAACACUCAAAAAUUGUAAUCCCCCUGCAGUUCCCUAUCUUGGAAUGUACUUGACAGAUUUAGCAUUUAUUGAAGAAGGAACACCAAACUUCACUGAGGAAGGCCUUGUCAAUUUUUCCAAAAUGAGAAUGAUAUCUCAUAUUAUCAGGGAGAUACGCCAGUUCCAGCAGACCUCCUAUCGUAUAGAACAUCAACAAAAGGUCACUCAUUACUUACUCGACAAGACCCUCAUCAUAGAUGAGGAUACUCUGUAUGAGUUAUCCCUAAAGAUUGAACCCAGACUCCCUGCCUGAAGAAUGAGCUUCGUCCCAGAGUUGGCAGAGUUUUAGUGCAAUGAACACAAUUAUGCAUGCCAUGCCCUACAGAUCCCAAGGGGACAGAUUGAGAAGAUUGCAAACUCUCUUUUCCAAUAAAGGAGAGAGAGCCUCACAGAAAUUCCCUCUCAGACAAGGAAAAUCAGCUGCUGGAGGUGAAAGACAAAAUGCUUCAGACUUGAGGGUUGAAUGAUUGUUACCUUGCAAAGAUAAUGUUUUGCCAAAAGGACUAUGCAUCUAAUAAAAAACAGAAGCCUUUCAUGAGAAUAGCUACUCAUUGCAGCCAUCCUAAUGGGGCAGAGAAGGGGACAAAUUUAGAUGUAGGUACAGUAUUCUGUUAGAUUAGGAUAAAUGGACAAAUGCAGAUGGCAUUCAUCUGGCACAGGUUGCUUAUCAAAUGUGUAUCAAGACAUUCAUCAGAUUAAUCCACUGUCAUUAUACUGUAUUCAUUGCAAACAAUAGGAGCUUAAGAAUCAUUUACUAACCUGCAGUGAUAGCAGGAUAAUAUCUAAGAACUUUCGCUACAGCAUAUGUUGUUCAAAGUAUUUGUUAUAAAUUGGAUGUUUUCAUUUAUAGCAUAAUCAGGUCUUAAAAUAUGUUAUCAACCUUUUUUAAGGUGGGAGGUUUUACAUGCUACCAAUUAACUAACUUAACUUUGUAAAUAUUGUUUUCACCAAUACAUGAUGAGGAGUUUUACAGCAUAGAAAAUAAUGAACUGUGUUAAUAGUUGCAAGCCAUGGGAGCAUCCGCUGGACUAUCUGAGUUUAGGAGCUAUAUUUGGAAUUGGUUGGCCCAGAUUCAUAAACAUAUCAUGAGUGAGAUACUUGGUCAUUUAACACAUCGUCUCCUGAGAAAGGCUCUCUGAUUUUCUGUACCUACAGCAUCCCUGACAGUUCAGUGACUAUAAAGCACCUGCUACACACACUGGAGGAGGAAUGCUUGCCUGGUUUGGCAAUGGAUAAUGCUCUGCAAUGAAGAGAGCAGGGUUAACUGUUUUAUUCUACAUUAAAUGAAUUAUUUAAAAAGCAUUAUUUUUUUGCUCAGCUGAUCAAUUCUAAAAUCUUUUUUCUACAGUGAAAUUUGAGUGCCAGCAAACAGGAAAUAUAAUUUUAUUUGGGCAAGUUAUCAUUUGCAUAUGAGUGUCUUCUAGAGAAAAUAUGCUAUUUGUAACUGUUUUUAAAACCUAUGCUACUGUGUGAUUCUGGGUAGAAUCCAUUUCUGCAAAUAUGUGGUUCUUCAUACAGUUUCCUGACAGUAACCUAUUGUAGCUGCAUGGAAGAUGAGCUCAAAAUGCAUGCUAUACAGUAUAUCAUAAACCAAAUGCAGGUAUUAGCACUGUUUAAUAACUAGGCUGGAGAAGUCUUCUUACUUUUCCAGUGAUUAUCAGCCAGUUGAAGAAAAUAGGGCUAUAUCAUUUGUUUACCUCCCAUAAAUCUUCUCAGGGAGAUACAUAUUUAAAAAAGAUUGUGACCUGAGCCUAUUUGAUCUGACAGGUCGUACCACACUCGUGAAGUUUCUGAAUGUUAACAAUGAAAAUGGAUCUGCCUGGCUUAUGGUUUUUGUCUUUAUUUGCACUUUAAUUACAUUGUUAGCCCAGCUAAGAGCUUCACAAUAAAUUCCAUUUGUUGUAAGUGUAAACACUAGCAUUUAUAAAUGUACCUUAGUAGGCCAUCUUUGUAAAUAACUGCAUGAGUAAAUAUCAAAGAAAUACUGGUAAAUCCCUCAUUAAAGAAAAGAAACAGGGAAACUUCCAGAAGUAUUUUUAAAUAGUUCUGAUUAAUGAAUGGUGAAGAAGUGAAGAUGGAAAGUGUUAAUUAUAGGUGCUUUUUAUUUUUUCAAAAAGUUGCUUGUUCUUUUCAGUAGUGACUGAUAAGAAGCUGAUUGUAUCCUGAUGCAUGAUAAAGAAGAAGCAUGGGUUAUUUGGACCGUAAAGCCAACUUACUAUGUGCUUUCUGUGUAUUCAUAAUACAAAAAGAAUUGCCAUAAGUCAAUUGCAUAAAAUGCCUAAAGGUCACACAGUGGAAAAUAGAAGCAGUAAAACUGGUCUUAAAAGCAAGUCCCUAGCUGACCUUUAUUUUAUCUCUGUUCACACAAAACAUGUAAACAACUGUAGGUGUCCUAACAGACCUUAGUGGCACAACCUGUUGGCCACUACUUCAUCUUCCUGUAUACCAUUUUGCCAUAUCUGCUUUGUAGGUCUGGGGAGCUCUCAUCAGUCAUGCUCUUGAGGUGCAGGCAAAGGUUCUUCUAGGUGUCCACCUCGUUAUCCUAAUUUUAUCACGUUUUUUUUACACACACUAUGUACAUCUAGACUAAGUUUGUUGCUAUGUUGCUACAAAUAUUGUCAUAAAUUAUAUACCAUCAAUAUAUAGCAUUUUACAGUUUCAGAAUAUUCAACAACUAAUUAAUCCUCACAAAACCAAUUGGAGGACAGGAGAUAAGUGGUGUCUCCUCAUUUUACAGAUGGAGAAACUAAGAUACAGUGGUUAAGGAUGCUGAGCACCCACAGCUCCUCUGGAAAUCAAUAGGUGGUGUGGUUGCUCAGCACCGCUGAAACGUCAGAUCCUAAGUGAUUUGUCCACAGUUAGUAGAACAGCUGGGAUUAGAAUCUCUGAAGUACUUGGAUCCUAGUCCUGUCUUCCCACCACCAGAAAAUGAUGCCGACAUAUAUGAAGCACUGGAAUAAAUUGCCUAGGGAGGUUGUGGAAUCUCCAUCAUUGGAGAUUUUUAAGAGCAGGUUAGACAAACACCUGUCAGGGAUGGUCUAGAUAAUACUCAGUCCUGCCAUGAGUGCAGGGGACUGGACUAGAUGACCUCUUGAAGUCCCUUCCAGUCCUACAAUUCUGUGAAAUCUAGAUGGAUUGCUAAUGAAAUAUAUUUCUUAAAAUACCAGGGAUGACUAAAUAAAGAGGUGAACACACAUCUUGUUAGCCAUAAUUAGAGACUACAUUCUUGUCCCCAGGCGACGCCCGAGUACCUGGGUUUUAUGCAGCGGUCCUGCACAGGGGCUGUGGGAUGGUAUCCGUCCCAUAAGAUGAACCAAAUGCAUCUAGCAGCUGUGAGCCACUCUACUGUUGCUACAGUCUCUGUAAUAUAGUGAUUGCCAGAAGCCUCCAACGUGCUCCCUAAAUGGAGGUUUUGGCAAGUGCAUCUACAUAAUUUACUCAACUUUUCUGUGAAUCUUCCCAACUCAGUGCCCCACAGUGCACAAGGAAUGUGGAAUUCCCCUGUUUGGCUUCUCUGUGCCCUCACCCCACAUGCUGAAUGAAGUGGUGGUUCGUCUGCAGUUUUGGCCUUGCACCACAGGGGAGAAGUAGGGGACAUGCUUUGCUCCUGUAUGUAUUUUCAAACCUCAUGGAUCAAUCCUGCUCACCUCAUUCACAUAUAGUCCUCCUGACUUCAGUGGUGCUACCUGCACAGAGGACAGAUUUAGCCCUUCUUUUGCAACUAUGGAAAAUUUACCCUCCAACCCUCCAUAGUUAUUCUGGUGAACCAAACAUAAAAAUCAUACCCUGCUUCAACAUAAAAUGGACCAUGGACGUGUAACCCAUUUCUUUGGGAACAGGGAUAUAAAUAGUAACUGUAAAAUACCAAAUAUUUGCUAUUGGUAUAUUUUGGACUUUCCAAAUAGCGUAGAUGCAUUCAUCUGGCACUAGGCCAGUGUAUGCCCUCCUGCUCCAGGGAUACACAAGGGGGAGGAGAGAGUCCAAGAGCCUUCCCUCCUGCCCUGUAAGUGUGACUGAGCCCAUGAUUGAGCACAAAGGAGAAGUAAAUAGACCUGUUUAGUUUACAGUCGAAUUGCAUAUUAACUAUAUCAUUUUUCUUCAGCAAUUCCAGUAACACAUUAAGUGUGUAAGCUUGUAAUGACUGAUACUCCUGGGACUGAUGAAAAUAUUACCAUUAUUGAAAAACAAAACAAUGCCCCCAUCCUCUACUUUUUAUUUCCAUAGUCCUUAAAAUCUAUAGUUAUUUUAUAGGUUAAAAUGAAACUCCUGAAUUGUUUAUUUAAAGUAUUUAUUAACUUUUAUUGUGUCAGUUUUGAUUUCAGUAGAUAUUCAUGAUGUCGGAUUUUCCUAAAUAAUCAUAUUUAUUUGAAUUUUUUUAAAAUUUUUUUAUUUGAAUAAAGCUUUAAUGUUUCCACUUCUUAUUCUCCUCAGUUACAUGAUAAGUAAAUACAUGGUUUAAAACUGAUUAGUAAAGACAUUUCUUACUAUUCAUCAUUUCUAUUAACUAAGGUCCAAAGCCUGCAGUCCUUAUUCAGUCAAAAAUCUCUUGGAUUUCAAUGGGAGUUUUUCUUAAGUAAAAACUUCAGGAUUUAGCCCUUGCUGCCUAUCAGCCACUUCCCUCUUUCAGUUUUUUGGCUCCAAAAGGUCACAUGUCCCCAUGUAUUACGGUUUUCAUGCUCACUUUUUGUUGUUUCAUUGGACCUUUCUUUUUGCAAUAGUCUGGAGUGUUCUUUAGGUGAAAGAUCUGUGUAUUUAUUUGACAGAUGUAUUAAUAUCUAUCUCAUCAUGUUAAUGCACACCCAGCUGUUUUUGCAUGUACUUGUAACUGCUCUUUUGACACCCAGUUAUUGCUUUGAAUGGUUAGUAAGGCAUAUCAGGCGGGGCG